AUGUCAACCCACAGUUACGAGGUGUGGGACAGCGGUGGCUACAGUCAAAGCACAAAACACGUUAGCCAGGGUCGGAACGGAAACUACGUGGAGUCCAGCUGGUAUCAGUGGUGGGAGAGAGAGGGAUUCUUCAGUCCUGAGCAACAUGGACGGCUGCCCCACGCGGUGGAUCAGACCUUCUCUCUGUGCGUUCCUCCACCAAACGUGACUGGCACUCUGCACCUGGGCCACGCUCUGACAGUAGCUGUGGAGGACGCGCUGGUUCGAUGGAGACGGAUGCAGGGCUGCAGAGUGCUGUGGGUGCCUGGAUGUGACCACGCAGGAAUCGCAACGCAGACGGUGGUGGAGAGGAGACUGCUGAGGCAAACGGGGAAGCACAGACGAGACUUUACGAGGGACGAGUUUCUGGAGGAGGUGUGGAAGUGGAAGAACGAGAAAGGAGACGAGAUCUACCACCAGCUGAGGAAGCUCGGAGCGUCUCUGGACUGGAGCAGAGCCUGCUUCACUAUGGACCCAGGUUUCAGCAGAGCUGUAACUGCAGCGUUCGUCCGACUGUGCGACUCUGGUCUGAUUUAUCGCUCCGAGGCUUUGGUCAGCUGGAGCUGUGCCCUGGAGUCGGCCAUCUCUGACAUAGAGCACCCCGAUGAUCCUCGAUACCAGACUGUUCACGGGAAGCUCUGCAGACAUCCUUUCACCGACAGACUGCUGCCCAUCAUCACUGACUCUACGGUGGACGUGGAGCUCGGAACUGGUGCAGUGAAGGUGACUCCUGCUCACGACCACGCAGACUUUGUCCUCUCACAGAGACACUCGCUCCCACGCCUGACUGUGAUUGCUGGCGACGGGACGAUGACGGCGUCCUGUGGCCGGUGGCUGGAGGGGGUGAAGCGUUUUGAUGCCAGACAGCUGGUUGUGGACGCUCUGGUUGAGAAAAGACUGUUCAGAGGAAGAAAAGAUCACGCCAUGAGUUUACCCGUCUGCAGGUACAGCAGCGCGUGCACGCUCAGCAGCGUGUGCACGCUCAGCACGGCUCCUCGGAGCAGCAUGGACCGCUGGAUCUGCUCCAGACUGCGCAGCACGGUGGGCCAGUGCGAGCAGGCCUUUGAAGCUUACGAGCUCCACGCCGCCACGUCGGCGCUGCACUCCUUCUGGGUCCACAGCCUGUGUGAUGUUUACAUGGAGUACAUGAAGCCUCUGCUGACCCAGCAGGACCAGGAAGUCGUCCUCACAGAGCGCGGUGGUGACGCGAGGCAGGCGGCCAUCGCUGUCCUGUAUCACUGUGUGUCUGUGUCCCUGGCCCUGCUCGCCCCCUUCAUGCCGUUCAUCACUGAGGAGCUGUGGCAGCGACUUCAGCCGUUUGCACCCGAAGCUGCUGCACAGACCAGCCUGUGUUUGCAGCCGUACCCCCGCACCGCUCAGUUGGCACACUGGCAUUUUGCCGAAGAGGAAAGAGACUUCCUGCUGGUACAGGAAGUGAUCCGAGUGGCCCGUUCUUUACGAGCACAGUGUGGCGUAACCAAAGCAAAACCUGACAUGUGGGCAGUGUGCUCGCCCAGCCAGGCCGAGGUCCUCCUUCGCUUCGGGUCAGCGAUUAGGACGUUAAGCCGAAUCUCCGACCUUCACAUCUGCUGUUCUGACGGAGGCAGCAUCCCCCCGUCUGCACGCUCCACUUCUCCACCCAAAACAAGCCUCGUUGGUGUGGUGGACCACACGUGUCGGCUACAUCUUCACGUUCAGAGUGGGAUGAACAUUGAGAAACAGAUCGUGCAGCUCUCUCAGCGCAGAGACCGGCUCGUCCCGAAGCUGGAUGAGAUCCUCGCCAGAGUCCAGUCUCCAAGCUACCUCAGCAAGGUUCCUGCUCGUGUCCGGGAGCAGAUGGACAGUAAGGUGUCUGCGUUGGAGCAGGAACUGAAAACUGUUGAGGAUCAACUGAAACUGCUGCAAGAGAUGCAAACAGCAGAAUAACUGAAGCCUUCACAGGAGCUGUUGGACUGCUGUAGGAAAACAGCUGCUGUUUCAUUAUUUAUAAUAUUAUAGUCAAAAAUAUGAACUUUAUAUUAUGUAAUGGAGUUAUGCGCUGUCUAAGCACCAGUCUCGUCUGGCUCCGGGUGUUUUGAGCAUCGUGGAAACAUCUGCAUUUGAUCUGUUGCUCUUAUUCCAAAAAUACUGUCUUCUGUUCUGGCCUUUUAAAAACUUUGUUUAAAAUAAUUUUUAUGAUCAACCUUU